AUGCUGAGCAUAACCCGGUUAGCCCUGGGGACCAAGAUUAUAGGAUUGUCUUUGCAUGGCAAGGCCUCCCUUGCUGCCAUGAUGGUGAAAUAUCGGAAGAUGUGGAAGCCAACAGAACCACAGAACUGGGCAGUGGAUUAUCAGGAAUACAUCCCGUUUUCCAAGAAUCAACUGGUUGAAGCCCUGGUAAAGGAGUUCCACUCUUCUAGUCGCGAAGAACGCAUCUCAUUCUUGCAAUUUGUGUCUCAAGUGGACUAGUCCCUUGUAUACCAUUACUACUCUGUUUUGGAGCAGCUACAGACACUCUAUACACCUAUUGAUCCUGAUCGAGACACACUGCAGGAAUUCUGUUUGACAGAUGCCGAACGGUUAAGAAAAGAACAGGGAGUUUUGGCCAAGAUGGAACCACUAUUGGAUCAGGCCAACUUCAACAAGUUGUCAGAAGAAGCACUGGCUUAUGCACUAAUUGUCAAUCACCCUCAUGAUGAAGUCCAGGUGACAGUGAAUUUGGAUCAGUACGAAUACAUCACCUUCUGGGCUCUUGGCCAAUGGAUAGGACCUCUGCGAGUGAUGGCUGCAACUCGAGCCCAGAGGACAGGCUUCUUUGGCACUGCUCGGAUUCCUGCAGACAGGCAUUACUUCAAACGAGUUAUAGUGGCUGCCCGAUCCAAGAAUGCCCAUCUGGUGCUGAAAUGCUUUAAGGACAUCCCUCUGGAAGGUCUGGAGCAGCUGCUGCCCUUGGUCAAAGUCCGCACCUCCAUCUUCCACAUAGCUCUGCUCAACACCAUGCUGGUUGUGAGCAGCUUGGCCCUCUUUGUAAAUGUGGGCAUGGUGGUGCUCUCUGACCUCAAGAUAGGCACCACCACCCUGCUCUUCUUCUUUGCUGCCUUGAUGGCCUUCCGGGCUUGGACGGUCUUUGGCCAGUGGAGGAACAUCCACUCUCUCGAACUGGUGCAUAUGCUGUACUACCAUAGCACCUCCAAUAACUCAGAGCUUUUGGAUGCCCUCACCCUGCGGGCCCAGGAGGAGCACUCCAAGGAAGUCAUCUUGGCACACAGUUUCCUCCUGCAGUGCCACCAGCAACCACAGCAGCGGUUGUCAAAGGAGGCAGACUCCAAUCCUGUUGAACAUCUGAGGAAACAGGUUGAGGCUUGGUUGCGCCUGCGCUCUGGGCUGGAAAUUAACUUCUGUGCCGAACGUGCCUGGAAGCAUCUCAAGGAAUUGGAAGUAAGGGGAGCAGCCCAUCCUGUCAUUGGAUAA